UGCCUCUGGCUGUUGGCAGUGCUGGUGAGCUCAGUGAGGGCAGAUCAGACGGAGGAGUACCUGAAGAGAGAGCACUCACUGAGCAAACCCUACCAAGGGGUGGGCUCCUCUUCCUCAUCACUAUGGGAUUUAAUGGGCAAUGUGCUUGUUACUCCUCAGUAUGUACGUUUGACCCCAGACCAGCAAAGCAAACAGGGGGCCAUCUGGAACCGAAUGCCAUGUUAUUUGAGAGAUUGGGAGCUACAAGUCCACUUCAAAAUUCAUGGCCAGGGUAAGAAGAAUCUAAAUGGUGAUGGCUUUGCUAUCUGGUACACGAAGGAUCGGAUGCAACUAGGUCCUGUGUUUGGGAGCAAAGAUAACUUUAUUGGUCUAGGUCUAUUUGUAGAUACCUACCCAAAUGAGGAAAAACAACAUGAACGUGUGUUUCCCUUUGUUUCGGCAAUGGUGAGCAAUGGGUCUCUGACAUACGAUCACAGCAGAGAUGGCCGUCUUACUGAAAUCGGAGGUUGUACAGCCAUGGUGCGAAAUCUCAACCAUGACACUUUUCUGGUCAUCCGUUACGUCAAACGCAGACUCACAGUCAUGCUAGAUAUUGAUGGAAAACAAGAAUGGAGAGAUUGUGUGGAUGUACCUGGCGUGCGUUUGCCCCGUGGAUAUUACUUUGGCACAUCUGCUGUUACUGGGGAUCUUUCAGAUAACCACGACAUUAUAUCAAUGAAAUUGUACCAGAUCACUGUGGAGCGUACCCCUGCAGAGGAGAAGAUGGACAAAGAAGUUUUCAUCCCCAGUGUGGACAACAUGAAGUUACCAGGAGUUGAUGAUCCCUCGGAGUCUAUGAGCAAUUUUGCCAUCUUCCUCAUUGUCUUUUUUUCUCUGCUUGGUCUGGUCUUCGCCGGUGUCAUCUUGCUCAUUGUAUACAACAAGUGGCAGGAAAGAAGUCGAAAACAUUUCUACUGA